AUGGCCAAGGUCACUUUUACAGCAUGGAAGACCAAGGCCCAAUUACUCGACGUGCGGAGUGAAUUUUACCCACCCACAUGGUACGCUGGGCCGGACAUGCGCUCACACGCCUGCGCCACGGUUGAGGCUUGGAAAUUACAUGGCAAUGUCCCACAUCAUGUGGAGGCCACAGCGUUGUUGACAGACGCGAUUCUGCAUGACGAUGGGCAGCGGAACUCCAUUUUUUCCAUCCGGGCCACGUACUCUGCAGCUUUCUGUCGGUUUGUGACAGGCUUGGUAGACACCAAAGUCACUGGCCCCCGGAGAACAAUGUUCCAGAGGGCGAUGGAUCUGGGCCUUCCAGCCUCAUUUGUUGAACUGCGCCAUGAAGCAACCCAUCGUGAGCCUCCAUCGCUCGUUGUCCUUCGCAAAGCCACACAGCGUUCGUUGGAGUGGCUGUGGGACAACUAUUGGGCCAAUAUUGACCUCGAGGUAACUGGUGGUGCCAUUCGUCACAACCAUGAUGAAAGCUUGUCCGUCACGACGGCACUUGGUGAGGUGUUGCAAGAGUUCAUUCACGGGUCAGUCUCCAGACCAGUACAGAAGAAAAGGAAGCGCGGGCAAGAUGAUGGCUUUGCGGGUCAAUUGGUCGAAAUUUGUGGUGUUUCGAGGGAUGGGAUGGAUGCUGGCCUAGCUGCUCUGUCGGUCCUUUUGUUGGAUCGGAAACUGUUGCUUGAUUCUGAGAGAAGACUUGGGGACUCCAUGGACGCCAUGUUCGACAAGUGGGACCCAGUUCUGCGGAAGGUGGCAGACAGUCAAUCCUCGUUCUUGCUGUUCCUGUCCGAGGAGCUAGUGCACAGGUUGGCAUUCAAUCCGGCGACUGAAUCACCAGAGAACACCAUUGCUGAAGGAAUUUUCCUGUGGUUGGAUCAUCUGCUCACCUCGCCUGCGUGGGAGUCGCAGAGGCCAUCUCUUCCUCGGGAUUACAUCCUCGCCGUGUGCAAUGGCCAGUCGACUCAUUGGGCGAAGGUCGUGGCUCAGAAUCUCAUUCUCCAGCAACAAGUCAGCGCUGCUGUGGUGCCCCGGCCUCAAAUAUCGGCGAACAAGUCUUUGAGGAAACGAGCACAUAAUGUUUCGGUUGGUGAUGUUUCAAAGAAGCUACAGGGGCAUGGAUGGAGGCUUGCGGAGAAAUGGGACAAUCGGCCACUGGGAAUGACUUCGAAAAGUUAA